CGCAAGUACCGGUGCGAGUAUCCAGGCUGCGAAAAGGCAUUCACAACCAGCGGCCAUAUGACUAGGCAUUAUCGCAUCCAUACUGGCGAGAAGAACUAUGAGUGCCUACAUCCAGGAUGCACUAGUCGGUUCUCGCGCCAGGACAAUAUGAUGCAGCACUACCGCACGCACUUGUCGCCGAGG